UCUCACAAUGAAAAAAAGCACGAAAAGUAAGAAUCUUCCAUACUUGGAUCAUUUCGUGUGACUGAGUCUUACCCCCUUCAUCAUUCCUUUUCUAUUGUAUUCAUACUUUCUUGCUUUGCUUUUAUAUGAUACUUCCUUUAUGACAAAGGUUCCCUCCAUAUCUCCAACCUCCAAAAAAAUCCCAACCCUUCUGUUCCAAACAAAACAAAAUCCACAUAACUAACUAUCAUGUUCUUAUUUUUCAGUUAUUUCUCCCUCCUCUUCUUCCUCUUCCCUCCCUGUUCUCCCGCCAGAAUCGCACCUGGCUUCACACCACCGGAAUCUAUAACAGUUUUAACUGUCAACGGUACCAACGAUACAUGGCACAAUUUAGCGAGGUUUCUGGACUCCAGCAAGGGAAGCCACGUCAGCGGCAUGUCGGAACUCAAGAAAUACUUUCACCGCUUCGGUUAUCUCCCCGUCUCCGAUAUCGACUUCACCGAUACGUUUGACGCUCGGUUUGAAUCCGCCGUGAUUGAGUACCAAUCCAAACUUGGCCUGCCCGUCACGGGCAAGCUCGAUUCCAAUACGCUUUCGCAGAUUAUGUCGCCGAGGUGCGGCGUGCGAGACACAGGACACGUUACUCAGUUUCAUGCGACUCGACGGUAUGCAUACUUCUCCGGACAGCCGAGGUGGGUGCGCAAGACUCCCGUAACGCUCACGUACGCGUUCUCGCCGGAGAAUACUAUAUCGUACUUGACCACGGAGGAGAUACGGGCAGUAGUUGAUCGAGCUUUUACGAGGUGGGCAGCCGUAAUACCACUGAGAUUCUCGGAGAUAGAAGAUUACGUAUCGGCAGACAUUAAAAUCGGGUUCUAUGGUGGAGAUCACGGUGACGGAGAGCCGUUCGAUGGGGUGCUGGGAGUGCUGGCACACGCCUUCUCCCCUACGAGCGGGAAGCUCCACUUUGAUGCUGCGGAGAGGUGGGCGGUUGAUUUUGGGGUGGAGAGAUCGAAGGUUGCCGUUGAUUUGGAAUCGGUGGCGACACACGAAAUAGGGCACGUAUUGGGGCUGGCCCACUCUUCCGUUAAGGAAGCAAUUAUGUAUCCUAGCUUAUCACCCAGAAACAAGAAGGUGGAGCUGAAGCUGGAUGACGUGAAGGGGGUGCAAGCUCUGUAUGGCUCCAAUCCAAACUUCAGUUUAAGCGCCUUAUUGGCAUCUGAUACUUCUACCAAUCAAGCCGUUGGUUCAAGAAUCAGAACCUCCUCCAAGUGGGCCACCUCUAUCUUGGUUUUGGCAUCCUCGUUGUGGUGGUGCUGGUGCAUAUAAUUGAUUGGCACAUUAGCUUAUUAGCUUUUUCUUUUCUUUUCUUUUUUUC